AUGGCGGAGCGCGCACAGCAGCCCCCGGCCAAGCGGCUCUGCUGUAGACCGGGAUACGGCGCAACAUGUAGGCAAGGCCAGCGGGCCGCGUGGGCGCCGUGCGGCGGCUCCUCCGCCGCUCAGGGCGACUCGAGCAAAACCCACAGCCCGGAGACUCUGCUGGACAUCGCGGCGCGGAGAGUCGCGGAGAAGUGGCCGUUCCAGCGGGUCGAGGAGCGCUUCGAGAGGAUCCCGGAGCCCGUCCAGAGGCGGAUCGUGUACUGGUCCUUUCCGAGGAGCGAGCGAGAGAUCUGUAUGUACUCGUCGUUCGGCACGGGCGGGGAGGAGAUCGGGAGUAGCGGGGAGAGCGGAGACGACACGCGGCUGCCGUUCCGACGGGGCAUCGGUCUGCUGGAGAGCGGCUGCGUGGACAACGUACUGCAAGUCGGGUUUCACCUCAGCGGCACAGUAAGGGAACCUGCCACGUCCUCGGAGCCCGAGCUGGUCUGCAACGUGAGCGUCAGCUUCGACCGUUGCAAAAUCACGGCAGUAACAUGCAGCUGCGGCAACAAGGACAUCUUCUACUGCGCCCACGUCGUGGCGCUCUCGCUGUACCGAGUACGGAAGCCCGAGCAGGUCAAACUGCGCCUGCCCAUCUCAGAGACUCUUUUCCAAAUGAACAGAGAUCAGCUGCAGAAGUUUGUGCAGUACUUGAUCACAGUGCAUCACACGGAGGUGCUGCCGACGGCACAGAAGCUGGCAGAUGAAAUACUGUCGCAGAACUCAGAGAUCAACCAGGUUCAUGGAGCUCCAGAUCCGACGGCAGGGGCCAGCGUGGACGAUGAGAACUGCUGGCAUCUGGACGAGGAGCAGGUUCAGGAGCAGGUGAAGCUCUUUCUCUCCCAGGGCGGGUACCAUGGCUCGGGAAAGCAGCUCAACUUACUGUUCAGCAAGGUGAGAGAGAUGCUGAAGAUGAGGGACUCCAAUGGAGCCCGCAUGUUAACGCUGAUCACAGAGCAGUUCAUGGGCGACCCCAGACUGGUGCUGUGGAGGCAACAGGGGACCACCAUGACUGACAAGUACAGGCAACUGUGGGAUGAACUAGGGGCUCUGUGGAUGUGCAUUGUGUUGAACCCCCACUGUAAACCCGAGCAGAAGGGUUUCUGGCUACGACAGCUUCGCAGGUGGAACAGUGUGGACGUUUGUCCCUUGGAGGAUGGUAACCAUGGCAGCGAGCUGACCAAUCUGACCAACGCUCUGCCCCAGGGCCCUCCCGGCAACCCAGACUCCCUGACUCGGCCUCACCGGACCGUGUUCACGCGGGCGAUCGAGGCCUGCGACCUGCACUGGCAGGACCCCCACCUGCAGCACAUCAUCACGGAGGACCACUACACCAACUACUGUUACCAUGGCAACAUGGACAGCUCCCUGUUCGAUGCCCGAGGGUGGCCCCUUUGGCACGAGCAUGUACCCACCGCCUGCGCCCGAGUCGACGCCCUGAGAUCACAUGGUUACCCCAAGGAAGCACUCAGACUGGCCAUCGCCAUAGUCAACACACUGAGGAGGCAACAGCAGAAACAGCUGGAGUUCUUCCGCACUCAUAAAAAAGAGCUACUUCAUAAAGGCAUAACAUCAGUUACUAACCUGGAGGGUUGGGUGGGCCACCCUCUGGACCCCAUCGGCACACUGUUCAGCACCCUGAUGGAGACGGGACGGGACAUCGAAGAUAGAAUCCUGCUCGACUUCUCAGGCUCAUUUGGUCCAGGGAGGAUGACGGAGCAUUUUGCUUUCCCGGCGCAGCGUUUCCUGGAAGACGGGGAGUCGUUUGUGUCGCUGGCUGUGGAGACGGCGCUGAUCGGGUUGGGGCAGCAGAGGGUGAUGCCAGACGGACUCUACGCCCAGGAGAAAGUGUGUCGUAACGAAGAGCAGCUAUUGGCCAAGCUCCAGGAAGUCGAUUUGGAUGACUCAUUGGUUAAAAUCUUUCAGAAGCAAGCCAUUUUCCUGCUAGAGGCUGGUCCUUACAGUGGUCUGGGAGAAUUACUCUACAGAGAGAGCGUGCCCAUGCACACCUUUGCCAAGUAUCUCUUCACCUCGCUGCUACCUCAUGAAGCCGAACUGGCGUACAAAAUUGCACUGAGGGCCAUGAGAUUGCCAGUCCUGGAGUCCACGGCCCCCUCUGGCGACUUGUCCCGGCCUCACCAUAUAGUGUCGGUGGUGCCCAACCGCUACCCUCGCUGGUUCACGCUCAGCCACAUAGAGACCCAACAGUGUGAACUGGCCUCUACCAUGCUCACUGCUGCUAAAGGUGAUGCUCGUAAGCUACAAACAGUGUUAGAGUCCAUCCAGAAGAACAUCCACUCCUCAUCCCACAUCUUCAAACUGGCCCAGGAUGCCUUCAAAAUCGCCACCCUCAUGGACAGCCUGCCGGACAUCACGCUGCUCAAAGUCUCCCUGGAGCUGGGCCUUCAGGUGAUGAGAAUGACCCUGUCUACCCUGAACUGGCGGAGAAGGGAAAUGGUGCGAUGGCUUGUCACGUGUGCUACUGAAGUUGGUGUUUUUGCACUGGACAGCAUCAUGCAGAGCUGGUUCACCCUCUUCACCCCCACCGAAGCCACUAGUGUUGUGGCGAGCACAGUCAUGUCCAACAGCACCAUCGUCCGCCUGCAUUUGGACUGUCAUCAGCAGGAGAACCUGGCCAACUCUGCUCGCACCCUGGCCCUGCAGUGCGCCAUGAAGGACCCCCAAAACUGUGCCCUGUCUGCCCUGACGCUUUGUGAGAAGGACCACAUUGCCUUUGAGACAGCCUACCAGAUUGUACUGGACGCAGCUGCUACAGGAAUGAACUACACACAGCUGUUUACAAUAGCACGCUACAUGGAGCACCGUGGUUAUCCUAUGAGAGCGUACAAACUAGCAACAUUAGCCAUGACUCACCUGAACCUCAGCUACAACCAAGACACACACCCGGCCAUCAACGAUGUGCUGUGGGCAUGUGCGCUCAGUCAUUCGCUGGGAAAAAACGAACUGGCAGCCGUCAUCCCCCUGGUGGUGAAGAGUGUGAAAUGCGCCACCGUCUUGUCAGACAUUUUGCGGCGGUGCACAUUAACAACGCCAGGCAUGGUGGCGCUGCACAGUCGCAGGAACUCUGGGAAGCUGAUGUCUCUGGACAAGGCUCCACUCAGGCAGCUACUGGACGCCACUAUUGGGGCCUACAUCAACACGACGCACUCUCGGCUGACACACAUCAGCCCACGCCACUACAGCGAGUUCAUCGAGUUCCUCAGUAAAGCCAGAGAGACGUUUCUCAUGGCACAAGACGGACACAUCCAGUUCACUCAGUUCAUAGACAACCUGAAACAGAUAUACAAGGGCAAGAAGAAACUCAUGAUGCUCGUUCGAGAAAGAUUCGGUUGAAAGUGGAUCAAAAGACUAUUGCCCUUUUUUUUACUUGAGACUCCUUUUUUAUCCUUUCUAACUUGAAGUGAAAAUCCACUUAAAACAACAUUCAUAUGAUUUUGGACUACUGCUUCUAAUGUGAUACUGAACUGAAGGGGUGUAAUUAUAUGCACAAACCAUAGAGAUGUAAGGCUAUUUAAAAAGCAGCAUCGAAAGGAAAAAGUCUCCUGCACGUUGAUUCCAAGCCACGAAAUUUCAAGAAAAAAGCCAACGUUUCUAUCCCACUCUAAUCUCUGACGGGUCAAAAUGCUUAAAAAUGGAUGCCACACACAUAAACAUAUGAUUAUGUAACAGAAAUAAUAAGAAUAUCAAAGCAAGUAGAUAAAAUGAUGACAAUUUAUCAGAAGAUUAAUAUUAAGGAAGGAAGGAAUGGAUAGGCUUGGGUGGCCUUCCAGCAAAUUUGCCAGGGUAAAAGCUAUUAUUAUUAAAAUUAUCAUUAUCACUAUUAUUACUAUUACUGGUAUUAAAAAGUGCUGAGUUGCUUGGAUAUGUUUUGGUGGGAUUAAGCAUUACAUUUUGCCGUAUAUCAUAUUAUAGCACUGUGGAUAAAGCUAAAUACACAGUAGUGAAAAAUGACUAGAAAACCAAUCCUUUCUACCUCUACCUCUCAAUAAUUCUCCUGUUGGCCGCAGCAAAUUCCCUGUUGGACAAGAUUUAUUUGAACUUUAAAUGAUCUUUUCCAUCAAUACACAAGACUGGAAUAAAACUUGUGAGUAAAUCUGUGUCAAGAGUUCUGACCUGACCAGUUUUCUAAACGUUGUGACUUGGAGUCACUGUGCAGUCUCUCUUCUAACUAAUGUGAUGAUAAACACAAGUUCCUGAAGGCAGAUCAUUAGACUUUAUUCAAUUCAAGCUGCACCGAGCGUCAGCCUUAGCACAGACCGAUCCUGGGUUGACUUACGUGUUGGAGGAAUAAUUGGACAGUCCAAGGUGAUAGGGUUGAGAUAUGAAAAAUGCUGCGGGGUAAAAUUUCUCUCUGAAAAUUGACACGUUGGAAAUUGAAGAGGAAAACCCUGAAAGCAACAGCUGGUAUUGAUGUGUAUAAAACCAUUAAGUCUUCAGAAGCGGAGAACUGUUUGUCCCUUUUAUAUGUAUGAGAGGAAGAGUUUUACACUGAGUAUAUACUGUAUUGUCUAAGUGGCAAAAUGUCCACCUUGCACUCCUCCUGUGUCCCUCUGUUAACAUUCACAGCCUCAAAGAGAAAACAAACGGCUUUAAACCAAAUGGAGCAACUCCAUCUGAAGUAUUGAGUACCUCUUUUUAAGGAUCCAGCUUUACCCCCCCCCCCAGUGCUCAGAAAAACUCCAAAUCCACGAUCAGAAUUAAGUCACUGGGUCGAUAUUUGUUCCUGCCAUCUUUAGGCUGAUUGUUUUUGCUUCGCAGCGUCGUCUCAAAUGUUCAAUAUGCUUCGUUUACAGACUAUUUGUUACGGACACACAGCAAACUGUCACAGUGCUCGCUCUUGUGGAAACUUUGCAACUGUCAACAUACAUUCUCAGGGAUUUCUCUAAAAAAAACAAGACAAAAAAGAGAACAAAAGCAUUUUAAUGUCCUGUAUAUAUGAAAGUAUAUGUCUGAAUAUUGAAAAAAAAUGUAUAUGUUAACUAAUUUAUGACAGAUUAUUCUAUGUAAGGCACAAUACUUGAAGCUGCAGUACUUUUGGUUUUUGAAACAAGAAAAAAACAUAUCAGAAGGACUUCAAAACAUUCGCCUUGCAUCGCAUCAGGGGCUGGUGGAGACAGCGGUACACACAGAGUACAUGCUGGCAGGUCUGGCUCUGCAGACAUGUAAUGAACUGCAGAAACCGGCCACUUGAAGACGGGAAGUGGACAUGCAAAAAGUGAAUUCUCCUGAAUACAGAAGUGUUUCGAGGACGGCAGACGUGAGGGAAAGAGAGGACAGUGGAGGUCGAGCAGCAGCGACGACGUUCACGUGCCAACUGCUGCGAUACUCCAGUGGACACGUCUCCUCCUGCAGUGAUUCGCUCUCUAGAUGAAGCUGCUUUACGCCCAGUGUCCAUGCCUCCUCUGCUCACAUCUGAACUUUGAGAAGGACAGAAAAAUUGGAUAAAGCUUUAUUUCACGAGUCCUGUGUUUUACAGCUAAUUUCUUGUGAACUUUCCUCAUAACUUUCCUAAAGAUGAACUGUUUUCCAUAAUUUUGGAUUCUCUUCAUUUGGGUCUGUAAAUUUCAAUUUAUUUCUAAAUAAUCUCCCGUGGAAUUUCCUGAAGUGCAGGAAUUUUCUUUAAUGAACUAUAAUUUACUCAUCUUUGCUCAAAUACAACAGGAAAUACACUUUCUUAAUUUCCGUUAUACUUUCUAACAAACUAUAUUCAGCAUAUAUAUUUCGUGAAUUAAUGAGGAAAGUUUCCAUGAAUUUAGCUGUAAAAUACAGAAGCUGUAAAAUAAAACAUUACAGGACGUCACUCUAUACCAUGGGUUUUGACUGCUCCACUUUUUUGUGCGUUUUCUUUUCAUUUCUUCUCGUUCAAGUGUUUUCAUUUCUCUCUAGAAUUCCUCACACAGGAACAGCCUUCUUUCUUGCCUUGUCUUAAUGCUUUAAAAUAACCAAAUGGGAGUUCUAACUACCAAACCUUUUUCAUAGGCCAGCCGAUGUUUGGUUACAACGUUUCUUAGUGUCUUUUCAUUUUUUAGCUGAACUGUAUUCUGUGCUUUAAAAGCUCAUGUCAUCUGUUUUUCAGUGUCGUCUCUUAGAGGUCUGUUGGUAGCUCCUUUGUUUAGAAGCGAAUAAUACUCCCUUUUAUUUAUUAUGUUAGGUAAAUGAUUGUACAACCAUGUCGACAUGCUCAUGAAGUUGAAACUAAGAUUUGAUACACUGAUCGAUUUAUUUAUGUAACUAAAUCACUGUUUUAUAAACUUGUUAUUGAAUCAACAUUUUGUUUGGAUUAAAUUAGUUUUUUGACAGCA